AUGAGUCGAAUCAUUAUUCGCGCGCCAACUUGGUCUAAGCCCUCAUACGAAGUGGGUCAGGUCGGCCGCCCUUUCAACCAAUUCCUCAACUGGCCCAUGGUCACGAGGAGUGGUGCUGCGUUCUUCCUCAAUCACGAGGUCAACGCCCACCGCAAGAAAGUCUUCUGCCGCUGGGGCUCCCACUUGAACUCGCCUGCUUCUGCCUCAGCUCUCAACAAAUCUGACUGGCUAAGCCUUCAUGUCUUGUCAUGCAUUGCUGAGGCAGCUCGCCUCAGCGCAGGUACCCCUUCAAAUUUUGAGGAUAUUUACAUGUGCGAUCCAUCCAAGCUACACCACGGCUACCUGUUUCGAGGACUUCUUGACUCGCCGUUUCCGACCCGGUAUACGACAUGA